AUUGGCUGGGUGUGGUGACACAUGCCUGUCAUCCCAACUAUUUAGUAGGCUGAGGCAGGAGAAUCGCUUGAACCCUGGAGGCAGAGGUUGCAGUGAGCCGAGAUUGCGCCACUGCACUCCAGCCUGGCAACAGAGCUAGACUCCAUCUCAAAAAAAAAAAAAAAAGAAGAAAUACAGAGGAUUUUAUUAACUCAGCUCCGACCCAUAGCUAAGUUAGGGUUUGAUGUUAUUACUGAAUAUUUGGAGGCAGAAAGACUCCUGAUUUUGCCAAAUGAUUAGUACAGUUUCGGCUUAAGUCAGAUGAGACCCCCCCAAUAUUCCAUCAUGUAAGGCUAAUAAAGCAAUUAUUUCUUUCUUUUUUUUUCCUUCCAACUUUUAUUGUAGACUCAUGGGAUACAUGUAUGGGUUUCGUAUAUAGCUAAAUUGUACAUCCUGGGGAUUUGGUGUACAGAUUAUUUCACCCACGUAAUAAGCGUAGUACCCAGUAGGUGGUUUUUCUUUCCUUUUUCUUUUUUUUUUUUUUUUUUUUUUUUUGAGACAGAGUCUUACUCUGUUACUCAGGCUGGAGUGCAGUAGCAUGAUCUCAGCUCAUUGCAGCCUCUACCUCCCAGGUUCAAGUGAUUCUCCUGCCUUACCCUCCCGAGUAGCUGGGAUUACGGGUGCCCACCACCAUGCCCGGCUAAUUUUUGUGUUUUUAGUAGAGACAGGGCUUCACCCUGGUGGUCAGGCUGGUCUCGAACUCCUGACCUCAAGUGAUCCAUCUGCUUUGGACUCCCAAAGUGCUGGGAUCACAGCAGUUUGAUCACAGAAGUUAUUAUGGUUGGCAUUCUGGCACACAUCUUUCUAAUCUUUUUUGUUGUAACCUUUUUAGUACCAUAAAUAACACUUUUACAAACCUUGUGUAGAAAUCCUUGUUGCUGGUCUAUUUCCUUAAGAUACAUUCAAAAAACUUAUGACCAUUGUUAAGGAUCUUAAUUCAUUGCCAAACCACAGCCAGGAAAGACUGUGCUAAUUUCUACUCCCAGCAGCAGGGACUUCUCGUUUCAGAUACCACCAUGGAUUAAAGGACCUCCCAAUGCUCUAUCCUUUUCAGAUUACUGGACUCUGCCCAUUUGUUUGUUUGUUUUUGAGAUGGAGUCUCGCUUUGUCGCCCAGUCUGGAGUGCAAUGGCCCCAUCUCCGCUCAUGCAGCCUCCACCUCUGGGGUUCAAGCUAUUCUCCUGUCUCAGCCUACCUAGUAGCUGGGAUUACAGGCAUGUGCUACCAUGCAUGGCUAAAUUUUGUAUUUUUAGUAGAGAUGGGGUUUCGCCACGUUGACCAGGCUGGUCUUGAACUCCUGACCUCAAGUGAUCUGCCUGCCUUGCCUCCCAAAGUGCCGGGAUUACAGUCGUGUACCACCAGGCCAGGCUGACCUGUUAUUUGUAAGGGAUGGGUGGGGAGCUUUUAUAUACUGAAACAUAUCCUGUGUUCAUUGGAACCUGUUAUCAAGCCUGCGCCUCUGGGCGGAGGCUAGGGCAGGGAGGGCACAGCUCCUAAGGCCACCUGGUCUUUCAACUCCUCCCAGCUGGGACACUGCACCGGGAGGCUGCACGGAUUCCUGUGUUAUCAAGGUGCCUGGGUCUUGGCUUAGGGCUGAGGUUGGGGCCUUGGGAAGGGUUUGGAUUCCAAGUCCCUUGGCUGCAAGGAUGCCCCCGAGAGCGAGGAGGGCCAAGAUUAAGAUUCGACUUCCUUCACUAGGGCGUUUGUCCUCCCGGGAGCUCCCAGGUUCUCUGGCGAUUGCGGGUGUGGGGAAGGGUUACAACGUUCAUUUGUGGUCAGUUAGAUGAGAAGUGAUUCUGCCAGCGUCCUUUGACAUCCUUGGCUAAAAGGUGCGCCUCUUAGAGCCCCAGCCCACCUGGGCCCUGCUGCCCUGCCCUUGGCCAGCGCCCCUCCCCGAGGCAUGGCCCCUUGGUCGGGGUUGGGGAGAGGGAGCUGGGGGCAAAACCUGCUCCUUCCUUCCUUCUCUCAUAUCCCUGGCUCCCGCCGGCCACCGUGGGACCACAUCUGAAAGCGCCUCACCAGGCAGCGCUGAGGAUUGCGGGGCAGCGCCGAGGGUUGCCGGCCGGCGCGCGGGGAGUAGAGGGCGCGGGCCGUAGUGCCGGGUUCCAGAGGGAGCUCUGCGCCGGGUCCUUCCCUGUGGUAGCCCCAGGACACCCCCAUCCUCAACAUCGCAUUCUGGGACUCCUGCCCUGUUCCCAGAUUCGUUCUACCUCGAGUCUCCAGGAGCUUCCAGUGGCUUGGUCACCCCCGACUCUCGUCCAUGCCUCUUAGAGCUCCUUUCCCGGCCUCACCGGGUGUCCCUUAAUAGUCUUGGGACCGUAAGGAGCAAGUCAGCCCCUGCGGACCCUCCCAGUGAAGAGAAAGAGCUGGCUGUUUGGUGGAAAUUGGAAGAGACGACGUCUGGGAGCUUUUGCUGAGCCCAGGGAGGGAGGCGUCUCUCUCGCUGCCGCUCCAGGUCGGGCAGACACGCCAAGCUUUGAGGCUCCUUAUCAGAAAGCUCCCAGUGAGUAACUGGUCUUCUGGAGACUCUGUGUGGCGUAGAGUGAUUCAACCAUCUUCUUAAGAAGACCUCUGGCUUUCCUGGAACACAGGUAACAAACACCUUAGCUUGGGAUCAAGAUCCUCCCUACCCAGGGAAGGGCUGGGCUGGCCAGGACAACUGUGUUUGGGCCAGAGCAGCAGGAUCCUGCACUCUGCAGGGGGCAAUCACAGGUGGGAGAGGCCCACAGCCUGGGAUCAGAAGUGCCAGGAGCUUAGGAACAGGAGUCCUGGAGUCCCAGCUUUCUUGCUGUCUCUCCAAGCCUUGAGUCCUUCACCAGAAAAAUUGACAUCAUCAUGCCCACCUCAGGACCCAUUGAGUGAAAUCAUCCAGUGGACUUGAAGCACCUAGCACUUGUGAUCACUGAAGUCAGCAAAUAUGAGUUCCCUUCCUUUCUGGCACUCUGUUGGCAGGGGAGCCCAUCAUCCAUCAGCCAGCACUGGGAAAAGUACAGUCACACGUGUAGCGGAGGUGGGGGGCUACUCUCCUCAUUUUCCAGGUUUUCCAGGAGUGGGUGUAGGGAUCCGGAAGGUAGCUCGGGAGUCAGCAGGUGAUAGAGGUGUUGGGCAUCCUCCGCUCACUCCUGUCCCCACAUUGAGGGGAAGGAGCAGAGAUGAGAUCUGCUCACAAGUUAGACCCUGGCUUCUCUCAGUGGGUGAUGUGGACAGGGGAAGGGGGCAGGCAAGGAGCAAAGGAUGCAGGAGUAAGGAGAAAACUUCCAGACUCCUCCCUUCCAAAGUCACCCGGCCUUGAGAUCAUUGCAGAUGCAACAGGUGCAAACAGAAGAACACUUUGGGACCUUGGAAUGCAGAAGGCCGGCUCAGUGUUCCUUCUACCCUGUGAGACAUACGUGACAUUCUUAAAAUCCGCUAAAGGCUCAGGGUGGUUGGAGGCCAGAAGAUGGCCUGGGAGAUACAGGGAUUGGACGAGUAGGUGGCCUGUGCGUGUCUCCUCUGUGGGGAGACUCCCCAGGUGGAGGGGGUUCUUCCUCUCCAGAUGUAGCUCAGCACAGGGACAGUAACAGUAACAGGGGCAUGUGUGUAAGGAAUGCUUCCCCAGGCCCUCCCCUCAUAGGUGUUUGCAGCAGCAUCCGUCACAACAGCUCUAAGAGAUUAAAUGUUGCAAAUCCCAUGCUACAGAGGUGGAAAUUGAGCCUCAGAGAAGUUAAGUCACUUGCCCCAGGUCUCAUAGCUCCCCAUUGGCAGUGCUGGGAUUUGGAGUCAGCUCUCUCGCCUCCAUCCAACAGGAGACCCCGCCAGUUCCCAGCCAUUUGGAGAAAUGCCCUACUCAGACUCAUUCAACCUCAGCAAGCCUGGUGGUGCUGUGACAUCUGCCUAAGCCCUCAUCAAGCCCUUUAGCUCCACAACCCAAAAGGGUCUCUCUACGAGGUAUCCUGAAGCAAAAGACAGGCAGGACAGCUCUGCUCCCACCAUGGGGAGCUUUCUAUGUAUGGGGCUGUCUCUCUGUAGGGCUCUGAUCUCCUCUCCUUCCUGCUUUGCCAGACGUCGAGACAUCUCCCAUGGAUUUGUGAUCAGCGUUGCAGCUCUCCCAGCAGCCCUGGACGGUGGCCCCCAGCCGCCGGCAUGUGGCUGCCACGCUUCUCCAGCAAGACAGUGACGGUGCUCCUCCUGGCACAGACCACCUGCCUCCUGCUCUUCGUCGUCUCCCGGCCAGGGCCCUCAUCCCCAGCCGGCGGCGAGGAUCGUGUGCACGUGCUGGUGCUGUCCUCGUGGCGCUCGGGCUCAUCCUUCGUGGGGCAGCUCUUCAGCCAGCACCCCGACGUCUUCUACCUGAUGGAGCCCGCGUGGCAUGUGUGGACCACCCUGUCACAGGGCAGUGCCGCAACGCUGCACAUGGCCGUGCGCGACCUGAUGCGCUCCAUCUUUUUGUGCGACAUGGACGUGUUUGAUGCCUACAUGCCGCAGAACCGAAACCUGUCCGCCUUUUUCAUGUGGGCAACGAGCCGCGCGCUGUGCUCGCCGCCCGCCUGCAGCGCCUUUCCCCGAGGCACCAUCAGCAGGGAGAACGUAUGCAAGACACUGUGCACGCGGCAGCCCUUCAGCCUGGCCGGGGAGGCCUGCCGCUCCUACAGCCAUGUGGUGCUCAAGGAGGUGCGCUUCUUCAACCUGCAGGUGCUCUACCCGCUGCUCAGCGACCCCGCGCUCAAUCUGCGCAUCGUGCACCUGGUGCGCGACCCGCGGGCCGUGCUGCGCUCCCGGGAGGCGGCAGGCCCGGCACUGGCACGCGACAACGGCAUCGUGCUGGGCACCAACGGCAAGUGGGUGGAGGCCGACCCUCACCUGCGCCUGAUUCGCGAGGUGUGCCGCAGCCACGUGCGCAUCGCCGAGGCCGCCACACUCAAGCCGCCACCCUUCCUGCGCGGCCGCUACCGCCUGGUGCGCUUCGAGGACCUGGCGCGGGAGCCGCUGGCAGAGAUCCGCGCACUCUACGCCUUCACCGGCCUGACCCUCACGCCACAGCUCGAGGCCUGGAUCCACAACAUCACCCACGGGUCGGGGAUCGGCAAGCCAAUCGAGGCCUUCCAGACUUCGUCUAGGAGUGCGCGCAACGUCUCCCAGGCCUGGCGCCACGCAUUGCCCUUCACUAAGAUCCUGCGCGUGCAGGAGGUGUGCGCCGGCGCGCUGCAGCUGCUGGGCUACCGGCCUGUGUACUCUGCGGACCAGCAGCAUGACCUCACCCUGGAUCUGGUGCUGCCACGAGGCCCAGACCACUUCAGCUGGGCAUCGCCUGACUGAGAACUCUGGGCCUUAGAGCAGGCCCCGAAUUGUGGUCGCUAGGCCCAGGAGGCGACUGCAUGGUGGAGAGGGAGCUGGGGCACAUGGGGAAGCAGGUCCCUACUAUUAACCAGGAGUUUGGGGUCCUCCCCUGAAGUAGGCAAGAACUGCACGUUUCUUUCUCUCCUGAUUCUCGGUUUUCCUUUGAGUCUUCUGGAGCUGCCUUCUCAUCAGGUGCACUCUUCAUGGAAAGCACCUCUUGCCCCUACCUCUUCGGGGCACAGGGAGUAAGUUCUGCUAAAUUAAAUUAGAUGUGUGCCAGGCCGGGCGCGGUGGCUCAUACCUGUAAUCCCAGCAUUUUGAGAGGCUGAGGCGGGUGGAUCACCUGAGGUCAGGAGUUCGAGACCAGCCUGGCCAACAUAGUGAAACCCCCUCUCUACUAAAAAUGCAAAAAUUAGUCGGGCGUGGUGGCACACUCUUGUAAUCCCAGCUACUUGGGAGGCUGAGGUGGGAGAAUCACUUGGACUCCAGAGGUGGAGGUUGCAGUAAGCUGAGAUCAUGUCACUGCACCCCAGCUUGGGUGGCAGAGCAAGACUCUAUCAAAAAAAUAAGUAAAUAAAUUUGUUCAAAAGUCCUGCAGUCUAGUGAACUGUAACCUCAUUUUUUUCUUUUUUUUUUUUUUUUAAUUGUGUGAUUCCAUUUAUUUAAAGCAGAAAAACUAGUCUAUGGUGAUAGAGGUCAGAAUAGGGGAUACUUUGUAGGGAGGAUUUGACUGGGAUGUAACCUUAUUUAAUAUGUAAACAAACUACAACUUGACCAGGGAGUAUAUUCUUGUAAGAAGAAAGGAGUCUCCUCCAAUCAUAGCAGCCAGCUUUCAGCCAGGGGCAGACUGCAGACUGACCAGAUGUGUCCAAAUUAGACAAUGGUUGAGCUGUAACCAAUCAGCCUAUAUCCAAUGCCACUUCCUUUUUCUGUUUAUAAACGCUGCUUGCCCACUGUUGCAACCUCUCUAAUAUAGAUCUCUCAUUUAAUGGGGUGAGUUUGGCCUUUAAUCACCAUCAUCCCCAGAACAAAGACUGACCAACUGGACUCAAAUGCUAUUGAACUAUCUUUAUUGCAUGGACUUUGAGUUAUUUGAUUUUGACUAGUUGUUUGUUGAAACUCCUGAUAAGGAGUGUACUUCAGUUUCUUGGCAUUGUCCACCCAUAGCCAUCAUAAUAGUCUCCCUGGUCGGGCACAGUGACUCACGCCUGUAAUCCCAGCACUUUGGGAGGCCAAGGCAGGCAGAUCGCUUGAGCUCAGAAGUUCGAGACCAGCCUGGCCAACAUAGUGAAACCCUGUCUCUAUUAAAAAUACAAAAAAUAGCCGGUGUGGUUAUGCAUGCCUGUAAUCCCAGCUACUCAGGAGGUUGAGGCAGGAGAAUUUCUUGAAUCCAGGAGGUGGAGGUUGCAGUGAGCCAAGAUUGCACCACUGCACUCCAGCCAGGGUGACAGAGCAAGACUCCAUCUUAAAUAAUAAUAAUAGGCCAGGCACAGUGGCUCAAGCCUGUAAUCUCAGCACUUUGGAAGUCCGAGGUGG